GCGCUUUCCAGUCCGCGUUCCCGAGCCAUUAGCAGCUGGUGUGCGGUGUGGCGGCCGCUGCCACUUGUAUUACACCCAAUUUAUUAAGCUCCACUUACGUAUCCCGAAUGAUAUGACGUAGAACUGACGUGAUAGCGUGUUAACUAAGCCAGUCGUGUGUUUGUGUUGUGUUACGAGAUCGUGAACGAUAUAAAGAAUCACAGCGGUCAAAUAUAACAGUUACUUUUGAAAAGUGAGAAGACAAAUUCAAGAUGGCUGUAUUCGGCUUAGCAUCAGCGGUCGCGGGCUUUGUAAAAGUCCGCUACCUGAUCGACAAGGCCGUUAUUGACAACAUGGUCUUUCGGAUGCAUUACAGGAUCACAUCUGCCAUUAUGUUCCUCGCCUGCAUCCUUGUCACCGCUAAUAAUCUUAUUGGUGACCCGAUAUCUUGUAUAAGUGACGGCGCUGUACCAGCUCAUGUCCUCAACACCUACUGCUGGAUUACCUACACUUUCACACUUCCAUACAGCGGAGCUAAGGGAGUGGCCCACCCUGGUCUUGGAAACGACUACGAAGAAGAGAAACGCAUUCAUUCGUACUACCAAUGGGUGCCAUUUAUGCUUUUCUUCCAGGGUCUUCUUUUCUACAUUCCUCACUGGAUCUGGAAGAACUGGGAAGAAGGCAAGGUCCGCAUGAUCUCUGAUGGUAUGCGCGGAACAACUGCUAUCAUCGCCGACGACAAAACAAACCGUCAGAACCGUUUAGUUCAAUACCUGUACGAUACGCUUCACAUGCACAACACAUAUUCAUUCGGAUAUUUCUUCUGUGAAGUCCUCAAUUUCGUCAAUGUCGUCGGCAACAUAUUCUUCUUGGACGCAUUCCUCGGCGGCGCUUUCUUAUCUUACGGGACCGAUGUUGUGAGGUUCUCAAAUAUGAAUCAGGAACAAAGAACUGACCCUAUGAUUGAGGUAUUCCCGCGAAUCACAAAAUGUACAUUCCACAAAUACGGAGCCUCUGGAACUAUUCAGAAGCAUGACGCGUUGUGCGUUCUUGCUUUAAACAUCCUCAAUGAAAAAAUCUUCAUAUUCCUUUGGUUUUGGUUUAUUAUUCUGUCCGUCGUAUCCGGCCUGGCUAUCGUGUAUUCAGCAGCUGUCAUCCUUCUGCCAAGUACACGUGAAACUAUUCUCAAACGUCGCUUCAGAUUCGGAUCUCCAAAUGGAGUAGAGGCCCUCGUUAAGAGAACUCAGGUCGGAGAUUUCCUUCUGCUACACCUACUUGGUCAGAACAUUUCACUUCGUGUUUACGGCGAAGUGUUAGAUGAACUAUCGCGUCGUCUUAUCCUGGGUUGUAAUCCACCAUCAGCACCCUCUACGUUGGAAAUGGCACCGAUCUAUCCCGAUAUCGACAAAUUCGCCAAGGAAACUGAGACGUAAGAAGUAAGCGACACUUUUUCCACCCAAAACCUAGAGGCCUCCACACAUUCUUUGAGAAAAACCUUAAUGAAUACCGAUUGUUCCUUCUUUGAUUUCUCAAUUGAUGUAUAGAGGCCAUAUUCGAUAAUCAAGUGUUGCUUUUAAAAAUUGCAAUGAUGUAAAAGAAAAUAUAUCGAUUUUAUUGAACAUGACAUUCCUUUACGUAGGCCAUAUUGUUGAUUUCACAAUCAGCCGCAUUUUGCCUUAGUAAUUAAAGCCGCAGCUUUAAAAUUGAGGUCUCAAUAUUUUAAGACAUUUUGUAAUGACAUUGAAGGUUUGUGUUAGUAAAAUAUUAUAUGCAUUAGUAACUAUUGGAUAUGAAACAAAUACGUUUAUCGACUUCGAAGACUGUAUUGUUUAGAUGUAUUUGAAAACUAGGAGAAAAAAUCGAAGCAACUGUGACAAUAAAAUAAUAUUCGUGUAGUCUGAAUUAAUGUAGUAUUGUGUACAAUUGAAAACAUAUAUUAUAUCGUAACAUACUCUUAAGACAACUGAUCGCAUACAUAUCAGCUCAAAAUUAAUGAAUACAUUCAAAUUGUGACACUUCAUAUAUUUUUUUUAAUUUCAAUGUUUAUAAAUAUAAGGUAUUAAUAUAAAUAUAUACAAUAUCUUUAUCAUAACAAAAGACGAGUAAAAUUUAAAUGUAUUAAAAGUACAAACAUUUCCAUUUGUAUAGUAAAAAUUUUACUUGCCUUUUAUUUUACGAUUAUUGAUUGAUUACUAUGUGUAGGAUAAGAAUUUUGGUGCAAAAGACAAGGUGUUUGAAUAGAUGUCGUCAUAAUCGAAUAUUUUACUCAAAACAUUGUGCCAUCACAUCUAUUUCGGAAUAACGUCAAGACAGAUGCAUUUCAAUAAACUGCUGACUGUUAAUUCAUUCUGCUAGGAUUCUUCCUAUAAAUUAGUUAAGACCUAAGUUGUUAUUAAAGUCAAUUUAGCCAUUUAGGUUUAAGAUCUUUCAAUGGACUUCCAUGAAUCUCCGAUAUCGCAUCUUCCAACAUAUUAUAAGCCCCAGUAUACAUGAUAUAUGAGUUGUAUUAAGUGUACAUUUAUAAAAUAGGAAUAGAUUUUAUUGGUUAUAAUUUCCGUGAACAUUUUUAAUCUCGUUAAUUAUAUAAAUUCAUACUAUUAGAAAUAUAUAGUUGAAUAAGAAGUAAAA